ACUGCUGCGGGCAGAUCUGUUAGGAUUGUCGCUGGUCCAAACAAGUCGCGGGAAGCAGGCCGAGAGCCACCGCGGCGUCGGAGAAGAGGACGACGGCGAGAGGAAUCCCAGCUGCGGCGGCAGGCCGGUGCGGCGUCGGGGAUGGGAGACGGGCGCGCGGGCGGCGCCAAUCGCCCGGCGUGGCUGCAGCAGUACGAGCUGGUGGGCAAGAUCGGCGAGGGGACCUACGGCCUCGUCUUCCUCGCGCGCCUCAAGCCGUCCCACCCGGCGCCCGGCCGGCGCGGGCCCCCCAUCGCCAUCAAGAAGUUCAAGCAGUCCAAGGAGGGGGACGGAGUAUCGCCUACCGCUAUCAGGGAGAUCAUGCUCCUGCGCGAGAUUAACCACGAGAAUGUCGUCAAGCUCGUCAAUGUCCACAUUAACCACGCCGACAUGUCCCUCUACCUCGCAUUCGAUUACGCGGAGCAUGACCUCUAUGAGAUUAUAAGGCAUCACAGGGAGAAGCUGAACUCGCCCAUUAACGCCUACACUGUCAAAUCCUUGCUGUGGCAACUGCUCAACGGCCUCAACUAUCUUCAUAGCAAUUGGAUUAUCCAUCGCGAUCUCAAGCCUUCUAACAUACUGGUCAUGGGAGAAGGAGAAGAACAUGGAAUUAUAAAGAUUGCUGAUUUUGGGCUUGCUAGGAUAUAUCAAGCUCCGUUGAAAGCAUUAUGUGACAAUGGGGUUGUUGUGACUAUCUGGUAUCGUGCUCCUGAGCUGUUACUUGGGGCUAAACACUACACAAGUGCUGUUGACAUGUGGGCAGUUGGUUGCAUUUUUGCUGAAUUGCUCACCCUGAAACCACUGUUCCAAGGUGUCGAAGCCAAAAAUACUCCGAACCCAUUCCAACUUGAUCAACUGGACAAGAUUUUUAAGGUCUUAGGCCACCCUACUGUUGAAAAAUGGCCUACCCUUGCCAAUCUGCCAUGGUGGCAAAACGACCAGCAACAUAUUCAGGGCCAUAAGUAUGAGAACCCAGGUCUCCAUAACAUUGUUCACUUGCCACAGAAGAGUCCUGCAUUUGAUCUUCUCUCAAAAAUGCUUGAGUAUGAUCCUCGAAAGCGUAUAACGGCUGCACAAGCUCUGGAGCACGAGUACUUUCGGAUGGACCCACUACCUGGAAGAAACGCGCUUUUACCAUCCCAGCCAGGAGAGAAAAUUGUGCAAUAUCCUGUUCGUCCAGUCGAUACUACAACAGAUUUUGAAGGAACAACAAGCCUUCAACCAACUCAGCCGCCUUCAGGGAAUGCAGCUCAAGGUCAAUCCGUAUCGAGAUCAAUGCCACGACAAAUGCAGCAGCAACCUAUGGUGGGGAUGCCAAGAGUGGCAGCUGGAACAAACAUGGCUGCCUUCAAUGCUGCGUCGCAGGCUGGCAUGGCUGGGCUGAAUCCUGGUAACAUUCCUAUGCAGAGAGGCGCAGGUGGUCAAUCUCAUCCGCACCAGUUGAGAAGGAAGGCUGACCAAGGGAUGAUGCAGAACCCUGGGUACCCUCAGCAGAAGAGGCGGUUCUGACACUGACAAGGGACGGCCAUCUGGCUACUGACUGAUGUGUAACACUGUCUAUUGUUGUGUCAUGUAUAUCAGGUGUUUGCAACACGUCGGUUGUGUAAUCUUCUUGUUGUAAUUUGUUAUCAGCAUUUGGAUGCAAAUGCUGGUACUUGUUAAACAUUAAGGCCCUCUUUGGCACGGCUUA